AGUUGCCGGGGUAGGGAAAGAAAGGAUGUGAGCAAAAGUGCUGGCUUGGAGCCGGGAGGAUGCGAUGGCCGCUGGCAGCGAAAGUGGGGCAGCGACUGUCAGCCAUGGAGACAGCCCCGCCGCCCGCCCGCCGGCCGUGCGCCCCUCGCUAGCGCGGGGACAGGAGCGGGGACCGACGGGCGACGGGAGCCGGGUGGUGGCAGACCGGCGGCUCGGGAGCUCCCGCAUCCAUCCGGCGUCGCUCCGGCUCUGCUUCCCCGCGCGCAGGACCGGGCUCUGGAUGUAAGGCGGCAGUCGCCGCAACGGCUGAGCGCCCACCGAGUGCUGCGCCCGAGGUCGGCGCCGCGCAAUAAGAUUUUUGGAGCCGUGCUCCGAGCCGUCUCCGGGUUCCUCUCGGCUGCCUGGGUGCCACCAUGCUUCCUCGCUGGGCAAAGCAUCCCUUUGGCGCUUCCCCCCGAGCCGUGCCGAGGCUGCGGGAGCAGGAGAGACCCCCCGAGCCCGGGGGCUACCGGCUGACUCCGUUGCUCGUGGAUCCCGAGAGGACGAGCACCCACAUGAUCUCGGCGGACGAUGCCGAGUACCCGCGGGAAUACCGAACCUUGGGCAACGGCACCCGGCGCUUCUCCAACGUAGGGCUGGUGCACACCUCGGAGCGCCGGCACACCGUCAUCGCCGCCCAGAGCCUGGAGGCCCUCACCGGCCUCCAGAAGUCGGAGAUGGAGCGCAAGCGGGACGCCUUCAUGGACCACCUGAAGAACAAGUACCCGCAGCACGCGCUGGCGCUCCGGGGGCAGCAGGAGCGCAUGCGGGACCAGCAACCCAACUACUGGAGCUUUAAGACGAGGAGCUCCCGGCACUCCCAGGGCUCCCAGCCCGGCUUGGCCGAUCAAGCCAAACUCUCCUUCGCCUCAGCCGAAUCCCUGGAAACCAUGUCGGAAGCGGAGCUGCCCCUGGGGUUCAACAGGAUGAAUCGGUUCCGGCAGAGCUUGCCCUUGUCCCGCUCCACCAGCCAGACAAAGCUGCGAUCGCCAGGGGUCCUUUUCCUGCAGUUCGGGGAUGAGACGAGGCGCGUCCACAUCACCCACGAGAUCAGCAGCAUGGACACCCUGCACGCCCUCAUUGUCCACAUGUUCCCCCAGAAGCUCACCAUGGGGAUGCUGAAGUCUCCCAACACCGCCAUCCUCAUCAAGGACGAGUCGCGCAACGUCUUCUACGAGCUGGAGGAUGUCCGCGACAUCCAGGACAGAAGCAUCAUUAAAAUCUACCGGAAAGAGCCGCUUUAUGCUUCGUUCCCAGCCUCGCACAUCACCAACGGCGACCUGCGGCGGGAGAUGGUGUACACCUCCAGGGAGUCAUCUCCCACCCGCCGGCUGAACAACAUGUCCCCGGCGUCCCACCUCGCCUCCGGCUCCCCGCCGCCGGUGCUCCAGUCCUCCUCCCCGUCCCGCUCCCGCAUGUCCUACAGCGGGGGCCGCCCGCCCUCCUACGCCGGCAGCCCCGUCCAUCACGCCGAGCGCCUCUCCAGCCUGCCGCCCGCCCAGGGCGUCUCCCCCAGCCCCAGCGCCAUCCUGGAGCGCCGGGACGUGAAGCCGGACGAAGACCUGGCCGGGAAGAACGUGGUGUUGGUGAAGAACGAAGGGCUGUACGCCGAUCCCUACGGCAUGGUGCACGAGGGCCGGCUCAGCAUCACCUCCACCCAGUCCCUGGCUGGCAUGGGAGACCCUUUCGGCUACUCGGGGGGGCUGUACAAGCGGGGGUCCGUUCGCUCGCUCAGCACCUACUCGGCGGCCGCCCUGCAGACGGAGCUGGAGGACAGCCUGUACAAGCCCAACGCGCCCAUCUACAGCGACACGUACGGACCCGGCUUGGGAUUCCGCAUGCCCCCCUCCUCCCCGCAGAAGAUGGUGGACGUGCAGCCGGGGCAGAGCCCGCACAGCCCCUACUCGGGCCCCCCCAGCCGCUCCUCGCCCGUCCGUCAGUCCUUCCGCAAGGAUUCCUGCUCCUCCGUCUUCAUGGAGAGCCCCGUCAACAAGCCACGCAACCCCAGCUCCUCCGGCCCCCCCGAGCUGUUUCCCGGCCCCGGCGAUCGCCCGCUCUCGGGGUUCGGUUCCCCUGGACCGGCCAAGGACGCGGAAACAAGGGAGCGGAUGGAGGCGAUGGAGAAGCAGAUCGCCAGCCUGACGGGGCUGGUGCAGAGCGCGCUGCUCCGCGGCUCCGAGGCCGAGACCCCCAGCGAGAAGACUGAAGCCACCAACGGUGGGACCCCCCCAUCAGCGUCGACCAGCCGCAGCGGCAUGGGGACACCGGUGCCCGCGCCCCCACCGCCCUCCGCCACCAGCACGCCGGCGGGGCAGCCCACGGCCAUCACCCGCCUGCACAUGCAGCUGCACCUCCACGACCUGCAGCAGAACGCCAGCGACCUCCGCAACCAGCUGCAGCAGCUCAAGAAGCUGCAGCUGCAGAACCAAGAGACGGUGAAGACGAUGCUGCGACGGACGGAGACGGAGAUCAGCGUGCGGGUGACGGACACCAUGCGCAAGCACGAGGACCCGCUGCAGCGCCAGCGCAGCUUGGUGGAGGAGGAGCGGCUGCGGUACCUCAACGAGGAGGAGCUCAUCACCCAGCAGCUCAAUGACCUGGAGAAGUCGGUGGAGAAGAUCCAGAAGGAUUUGGCCCACAACCACCGGCUCAUCCCGGUGCAGGAGCUGGAGGAGAAGGCGGUGGUGCUCAAGCAGCUGGGGGAGACGCUGACAGACCUCAAGGCCCAGUUCCCCAGCCUGCAGAGCAAGAUGCGGGUGGUGCUGCGGGUGGAGGUGGAAGCCGUCAAGUUCCUCAAGGAGGAGCCGAACCGCCUGGACGGUCUGCUCAAGCGCUGCAAGACGGUGACGGACACCCUCGCCCAGAUCCGCAGGCAAGUGGACGAGGGCGUGUGGACCUCCCCCAGCAACCUCAGCCAGUCCCCCAAGAAGGUGGCCCCCGAGACGGACUUCAGCAAAGGGCUGGAUUUGGAGAUGCCCACCAGCCCCCCAGUGAGCCUCCACCACCUGCCGGCUGUCACCGAGACCCUGGGCAUGCCGGGCUUUGGGCACAGCCCCCCCCAAACCCAGACCCACCCCUCCAAGAGCAAUAACCCUUCCCGAGCUCCGGAGAUGGUCCCUGCCAAGACCCAGACGGCCCCGGAGACCCCCAGCAAGAAGAGCGCGGACAAAGCCGUAUCCGUGGAGGCUGCCGAGCGGGACUGGGAGGAGAAGCGGGCGGCGCUGACCCAGUACAGCGCCAAGGACAUCAACCGCCUCCUGGAGGAGACACAGGCCGAGCUGAUGAAGGCCAUCCCCGACCUGGAGUUCGCUGCCAAGCACAAGCAAGGCACGGGCAGCGGCAGCGCCGCCUCCACGCCCGAGCACAAGCCCUCCAAGCCGCAGCACGCACCCAAGUCGGGGGGCAAAGGGGACCCCAACGGCCGCCGGGGCUCAGACGAAUUGACGGUGCCACGGUACCGGACCGAGAAACCCUCCAAAUCGCCGCCACCUCCCCCUCCGCGCCGGAGCUUCCCCUCGUCCCACGGGCUGACCACAACCCGCAGCGGCGAAGUCAUCGUCACCAGCAAGAAGGAGCCCGGUUUUAUGAAGAAGGCCGAGUCGGAGGAGCUGGAGACCCAGAAGCCCCAGGUGAAGCUGAGACGGACGGUGUCGGAGGUGGUCAGGCCAGCGUCCACCCCUCCCAUCAUCGCCUCUGCCAUCAAAGACGACGACGACGAGGACCGCAUCAUUGCGGAGCUGGAGGUGUUUCAGAGAAGCUCUGCCUCCCCUUUCCUUCCCAAGCUCCGUUACGAUCCGCUCGCGGCUGCCGUCUCCCCUGGGCACGCAGACUUGUGGCCCAACGGAGCCUCCGUUGCAGCCGAAGGAUGGAAGGAGCCGCUGGCCCUGGCCGCCCCGGGGAGCAGGGCUUUCUCCCUCCCGCAGAUUGUGCUCACCGAGUGGGUGUCCGAACCGCCGUCCCCCGAAGCCGAACCGGAGGCGUGGGUGGAAAGGGGCUGCUCGGAGCACGGGCACCCGGCCGGCUGCGGAGGAGCAGGAGGGGAGCUCAGACCCGAGGGGGGAAGGAAAUGCCGCCUGUCUCCUGGCAGCUCCAAAAAGUCUCCGUCCGCAGCUGGGUGCCCUCCAGGCUCAGCCCCGCAGCCCCCGAGCAGCCCGUCUCGGGGCCGUGCCCGUGCGGCAGGAGAGACUUGGAGGUUCCCUCCGGCAGCCAGCGAGGUCCCGUCUUUCUCAAAGCAUAAAGGGAGCUGCCCCAUGGGGGGAGAAGCAGGGGACGCUGCGCCAAACGCUGCCGACAGGCAAGAAGGCAGCGGCAAGACAUCUCACCGAGGUCCCUUGGCUGCACAGCCUCCUUGUCCCCGGGGGGAACCAGCGGGUCCCGGAGCUGGCGAGGCGAUGCUCCCCUCCUCCGGUGCCGUCCCCCGGCUCUGCGGUGACGGGGACCCCCGCGGAGGAGCCAGGCAGAGCGUGCGAGAGGCAUCGCUCCCUCCUGGAGACUCCGCCGGGGCUUGCAAACAAGCGCGGAGGGAGGGCGGCUCGCCAGCCCCAGCCUGCCCAGCACCGAGUCCCAGGUCUCUCCCGGGCAGGGACCCGGCCCCGCGGGGAAGGGGACAGUCCCCGGCCGAGCAUCCCCAGGAGCAGGUCGCUGCUUUCUCAAAGCCAAGCCAUGGUGUGGCAUCGCCAAGCCGGGGUGACGUGGCUGCGGCUGCCGGGGGCGAAGGCGGUGCCGAGGACGCCAGGGCCGGGGGGAAGGCGAUGGAGGGGCUCAGCGAAGGGCAGUUGUCCCCGUGCCGCUCCAUGACUCCGCGCAGCAAGGAGAUUUACGAAGGCACGUACCAGAGACUGGAUAGCCUGGAAGAAACUAUCCGCGAGCUGGAAAUAACCAUCAGCGAGAUCAGCAGCCAUCCCUCGGCUGAAUUUGUAUUCCCGAAAGAACUGCUAGGACAGGCAGGAUCCAAGGAUGCCGGCGAGAAGACCAGGGAAGGCGUGGGGGAUCUCAGAGACAGUCGCUGUGACGAUGGGACCGCCCUGGACCUCAGUCAGGCCAAAGACGACGCUUCCGCGAGUCCAUCUCCGAGCAAGACCAAGCCACCUCUGCUACCCAAGCCGCAGCUCCCCCUCGACACGCCGCAGAGCGGUGGCGUUUCCAUCCCAGCCAUGAAGGUGGUGAACCCGGCGUCCCGGCUGAAGCAGAGCCAGCAGGGCAGCCCGGACAAAAGCAAGCACAUAAAGCAGCGGAUGGAGUACAUGCGGAUCCAGGGCCAGCAGCAGGCCGCUAGACCAUCUAAAGAGGCUAGUGAGACUUCCCCCGCGGUCUCAGAAAAACCCGCAUCUGGCAGAACAUCCAUCCCCGUAUUGACUUCCUUUGGGGCAAGGAACUCCUCCAUCUCAUUCUGAGCAUCCUUGCCAGCUCCGCCCAACCGCUCUCCUGCUCCCGGGGCCGGGCUUCUCUCUUCCUUGGGCUCCUCCUCCCUGGGACUUGUCUUCUUGAGGCACCUGGAGGGAUCGCCACCCGUCCCUCUCUUCCUGUAUUUUUUUUUUUAUUAUUAUUUAUUUAUUUCCUUAUUUAUUUUUUCAAUGUCUUGCUCCAAUGUGGCCGACCUCGUGUCUCGCCUCUGCUCCGCCGCGGCCCGACUCGUGUCUCGCCUCUGCUCCGCCACGGCCCGACUUCUGUCUCCCAUCUCGCUCCGCAAUGGCCAACCAAGCCACUUUCUGUUUCUCUCUCUCUUUUGUCUCUCUUUUCCCCCCUCUCUUUUUCCUUUCCUUUUUCCUUUCCAUUUCGGUUCCUUUGGGUUGCUGUUGGUUUGGUUUUUCUCCCCCCUCCCUCUCCCCUCUCCCCUCGCCCCCCCGCCGUUUUCUGUUUAUUUAAGAGCUCUCAGAGCUUCACUCCACCAGUUUCACCAGCUUCGAGCCGGGAGGACACUGGGCAGCGCCCGACCCCGCGGCUGCCCGGGCGGGCAGCGCCCGUCCCACCGCGGAAAGGUGGGAAACAGCGGCUGCCGAAGACGCUCCCGAUGCCCCCCGACCCUCCCGCUCGCCCCCCGCCGCCGAGCAUCCCGGUGCCGCCGACCACCCCCGAGGAGCGGACGCUCGGCGCAAGGGCCGGGUCCCGGCGGCGGGCGGCGGGUGGCACGGCGGCCGGGCUGCGUCCUUCGCCGGCCCAAGGGUCGGGGACAUCCCCAGGGGGUGUCACUGCCGCCGGCCCCCCGCCGGCCGCCAGCCCCGGCUCCCUCCGAGGUCGGGGACCGAUGCGAGGGCUGGGGAGGAGGGAGCCGGGGGCGGCGCCGAGGGGGGGCCGGGGGGGCCGGAGAGGCCGAAGGCCGAGGAUGUAAAAUAGGGGGAGGCGGAAAAGGGUCGGCGGGGGGGCUGCCCGCCGCCCCCGCGUCGGAACCUAGCACUUUACGUGGUGGCCGGGGCAGAGGGAUGCUGUGAUGCUCGGGGGGGCGGGGGGGCUCCGGCCGCACAGGGACGCCCUGCCGGACCUCUGUCCCCUCCCCCAGCGCCAAACGCCCUUGGGGACAAGCAAGGGGGGGGACGGGUCCCCGGAGCCCCCCGCUCCCAGGGAGGUGCCGUUGGGGACCCCACGCCGCAGCGGUGUCCCCCGCGGUCCUUCCCCGGGGGGAGCAGCCCCGGCCUUGCCCAGCCGGGGGGGACCCGGGGGGUCCCCGGGGUGCGUGGCCGGGCGGUGCUUGCCCGCGGCCACCCCCCGUCACGCAGCCGGGGGUGCACGCGUGUGCGUGUGCGUGUGCGAGUGCGUGUGUGCGCACACGCGUGUGCCGGUCCCCGCCGCUGCCGCCAGCGCAGCGCAACGCGCGAUCGAAUCACUCCUUUCGUUGGCUAGUUCGUCCUUGGGUUGGUUUUUUUCGGUUUUGGGUUGUUUGGUUUUGGGUUUGGUUUGGUUUGUUUGGGUUUUGGGUUUUUUUUUUUUUAAUUAUUUUUCUUCUUUUCCUCCCCCCCCCCGUCUUUUUUUUGUAUAUCGAUCAUUUUUGUACAGAAGAACGAGCCUUUUUUGAAUAACAAAGAGAAAGAAAAAAAAAAGAAAAAACUUCAAAAAAAAAAUAAUAAUCAUGAUGCAAUUUCUUUGGAUUGCAAAAAGCAACUCUUUACAUUUAAGUG